AUGUUUGCGCCACCUACAGCCUGGGAGGGUGAGCGUCAUGGCGGCUGCCGGCCUUCUCCCGGUGACCCAGGACCUGCCCACUCUGCAUGCUAAGUUGCAGGGGCUACUAUGGUUCCUCAGGGACGCUUUAUCCAUUUCGAAUGCCCAUACGGUGGACUUUUACACAGAGUCCCUGUGGGAAGAGCUGGUGGACUUGCCCCCGGAGACGGUGCUCGCGGCGCUGAGGAAGUCCGCGCUGGAGCCGCAGGCCCGGCGUGCGGAGGCGCGCCCCCUGCUGGAAGCAGAGAUGGGGCCAGGUAUUACUGAUUUUCCCAAAAUAUUUAGUGAAACUUCUCAGAAGCUGGUGAGUGCAGAAGCCUUUGCUCUGGCUGCAAAAUGUUUUUCCAUGCAGAACUUGGGAAUAUGUACUCCUUUUGAACAGUUGCUUGUAGCCCUUCAAGGAAAUCAAAAACAGAAAACUGGUGAAAAUGUGAAGCCAGUUGAGUUUAUGAAUGUGAAAAAAUCUCAUGAAGUUCAGGCAAUGUCAGAGCUGAUCAGCAGUAUUGCUGAUUACUGUGGAAUAAAACAGAUAAUUGACUUGGGUUCUGGUAAAGGCUACCUAAGCUCCUUUUUGUCCUUGAAAUAUGGCUUAAAAGUGUAUGGAAUUGAUUCCUCAAAUACUAAUACUCAUGGAGCUGAAGAGAGAAACAGGAAAUUGAAGAAACACUGGAAACUCUAUCAUACUCAGUCAAGAUUGGAUGUCAGUGGACUGACAUUAAAAAUGGCAAAAGAGACCAAAGAGCGAAAUGAAAUGAAAUAUAAAGCAGAUAUUGCAGAAAUUUGUAACAACAGACCAGCAAAUCAAGAAAAAAUAUCAGCCUCGAAUUUUUUGCCAGCUGUUUCAGAAUCUGUAAUUUCUCACAUCAAAAAAAAAAUGGAAAACCUACGUACUCAGUCACAUCUAGAAGAAAAUUUUUGUUUUGAAAAUGCGUUAUCCCUUAUAGACCUUUUGCCUGUUAAUUCCUCGGAGCCUACUUCUUCAUCACAAAUACCUAGCAAAGAAAUAGAAAUGCUUGCAGAAAAUAAAGAGAGAAGAAAAAUGACAUCAAAGUCACAUGAAUCAAAUAUAUAUUCACCUUUAACCUCUUUUAUCACUGCUGAUUCAGAACUACAUGAUAUUAUUAAAGAUCUGGAGGAUUGUUUGAUGGUUGGUCUACAUACCUGUGGUGAUCUUGCUCCAAAUACUCUGCGAAUAUUUACUUCCAACUCUGAAAUCAAGGGAGUUUGCAGUGUGGGUUGUUGCUAUCACCUCUUAUCUGAAGAGUUUGAAAACCAGCCUAAAGAAUGUCCUCAAGAAACGUGGGGAUUUCCAAUGUGCCGCUAUUUAAAGGAACAGAAAUGGUGCUGUGGUCGCAAUGCCAGAAUGUCAGCCUGUUUGGCAUUGGAACGAGUUGCAGUUGGCCAAGGGCUGCCUACUGAAUCACUCUUCUAUCGUGCUGUUCUUCAGAAUAUUAUAAAAGAUUGUUAUGGCAUCACCAAAUGUGAUCAACAUGUUGGUAAAAUUUAUUCCAAAUGUUCUUCCUUUCUGGAGUAUGUCAGAAAGUCUCUUAAGAAGCUUGGAUUAGAUGAAUCAAAAAGUGUCUUGGCUUUCCAUGCCUACAAUACUCUCACGGACUCUUCAGCCAGAUCUGAAUGCCUUAAAGGCUGAUUCUGAGGCCAGAGUGCUGUUUAGGACAUCUGCCAUUCUAUGAGUCUGCUGUGUAUCCUGCUUCCCAUGUUGGAUCGUUCUCUCCCUUUUUUAUUCUAUUAGUUAGUAUUUGCAGACAUUAGUCUUGUUUAUGUGAACCCUUUGACUUUUAGUCCUAUUUUAUCAAUUAUGAACUGAAACUGAUCACUUGGACUAGUGAGAUGGCAUUGGUACAUGUCACCUUGAUGGGAUUGAAUUGGAAUCCCCUGGCAUGUUUCUAACUCUACCAUUUGGGGCAAGUCAGAUUGAGCAUGUCCCAAAUUGUACAUCUCCUCCCUCUCUUAUUCCCACUCUUAUAUUUAACAGGGAUCACUUUUCCAUAAUUACUGUAUUAAUUUACAUUUCCACCAGCGUUUUAUUAGAGUUCCAAUUGCUCCCCAUCCUUGCCAGCAUUUGUGCUUUUUUGUCUUUUUGUUAAUACUCAUUCUUACUGGUACAAUAUUCAGUCUUUUUAACUGGUAUAAUAACAAUUCAAACUG